AGGGGGAAGGUGUGCGCCAGGGACCUGUUGGAAAUGACGAGAGAAGAAAUCGGAUUUAAAUGCAAAAAGCAAAACAAAACCUUGGAGAAAAGAAACAGCUGCUAACCUCGGAUCAAAGGGUCUCCCCGCCAUGGAGUCGCUGAUGAGCGCCGUGUCCCCCCGGCCCCCCGGCCCGGCGAAGCGGGCGGCGGAGGUGGACUUCCGCUCGGCGGCGGUGCUGGAGCAGCUGUCCGCGCAGGUGCUGGAGCUCGUUCAGCUGGAACAGGGCGAGUUCGGGGACCAGACGGCGCUGGAGGUGCACACCGCCAAAGACUACAUCUUCAACAUGCUGGGGCUGGUUCAGAAGGUGGAUCAGAGGUUACCUGUCGCCAAUGAGUACCUGCUGCUGUCGGGUGGGGCCCGGGAGGGCGUGCUGGACCUGAACCCGGAGGACCUGGGCGACUACGCCAAGGGCGCGGAUUUCGACCUGGACUUCACCCUGCUGGUGCCGGCACUAAAGCUGCACGACCGGAACCAGCCGGUGACGCUGGACAUGCGGCAGUCGGCGCCCUGCCACUCGUGGCUGAGCCUGCGUCUGUGCGACGCUGCCACGCUGGCGCGCUGGCGGCUGUGCUGCCAGGAGGAGGCGGAGCCCGGCGGCGAGCCCGGCGGCCUGUCCCCCCGCGCGCUGGACGGCUGCUACUUCUCGCCCGCCCUGGUGGCUGACUGGUUCUGGGACGUGGUGGGGAAGGCGGUGGAGGAGCUGCGGAAGAACCCCCAGCGUGGGACUCCCGUCCCCGAGAGGGUGGAGCGCAACGGGCCGCUGACCACCCUGAUCCUGACGGCGGGAAGCAGCCGCGUGCUGUACGACCUGCUGCCCGUGGUGUCCUUCCGCGGCUGGCCCGCCGUGGCCCAGGGCUGGCUCACCGCCAACCACUUCUGGGACGGGAAGAUCACGGAGGAGGAGGCCAUCAGCGGCUUCUACCUGCUGCCCUGCUGUGCUCCGCUGGGGGGCCGGCCCGACCGCGAGUGGCGGCUGGCCUUCUCCCGCAGCGAGGUGCAGCUCAAAAAGUGCAUCCCCUACCCCAUGGCCCAGGCCUUCCAGGCCGCCAAAGCCGUCAUCUCCCGGCUGCUGUCCCGCCCCCGCGUGGGCCUCAGCCCCUACCACCUGCGGACCCUCCUUUUCUGGGCGUGCGACCGGCUGCCCCCCGCCUACCUGAGCUCCCCCGACCCUGAGACCCCCGCCCGCCUGCUCCUGGGGCUGCUGGAUGACCUGGCGCACUGCAUCCUGGGAAAGAACUGCCCCAACUACUUCCUCCCGCAGUGCAACAUGCUGGAGCACCUGUCGGACAGCGCCGCCCUGCUGGUGGCCCGUAAGCUGGCGCACCUACGCUCUGACCCUGCCGAGCACCUGCGGGCGGCGCUGGACCAGGCGCGGCAAGCGGGGCAGAUGAAGAGGCAGGCGGCAGGCAGCAACGGCCACGCCCCAUCGCCCGGACACAGCCCCGGCACGGGACCCGGCCCCCAGGACGACCGGCUGGCGCAGCGCCUCCAGCAGCUGGUGACGGAGAACCCGGGCAAGUCCAUCUCCGUCUUCCUGAACCCGGACGACGUCACGCGGCCGCACUUUCGCAUCGAUGACAAGUUCUACUGACGCGGCGUCGUGCCCUGGAAGCUUCCGGCAGCCCUGCGGAGGUGCUGCAGAGCUGACGCUACAGCUGGCCGCAGAGGCGCUCCACCGCUGCAGCCAAACGCUGCAGCCAAACGCUGCAAACACACCUGACAACGAGGGCUUGAUGCUCCCAGCUAGACGAAUCAGUGCGAUUUUUGUUUAUUUUGUGAUACCGUCAAACGAUGCUGUAAAGAAAAGCUAACAGAGCAGGCUGCGCUAACGAGCUGCUUAAUGAGUCUGAAACGAGAACCCGAGCCGUUUGGGCUGCUGCCCGCGGAGAUCAGGCAGACGCAAGAUGAGCUGACGGAGAGGAAAGUGCACGAACCUUGCGUGCUGAUUGACUCCAGGAUCCCACCCACAGAGAUACUUACACGGUCACAUGGUUUAAGACCUGCCAACCAAUGAGAUUGCUCCUGCGAAGUCACAGACAGCCAGUAGAUCUUUUCCUCUAACACUAGCUUCUUCUAAAAAAAAUAAUCCAGAAAGCUUGAACUGCGAGUCUCUCUUUUCCUUGCGGCUCUUGCGUGGGGUGGCUGUUCAGAGCGGAAGGAUGUGAUGUAAGUGAAUGUAGCUGCUGAGAGGGCCAAAGUGCCAGGACCACGGAGGCUGCCUCUUCCUCCCUCCCGCCUCUUCAUCCCUCCUGCCUCCUCCUCUCUCCUGCAGUGUCCCUCUCAGACACCUCCACACCAAAGACAGGCCGCAGUGCUUUCUCCACACACUACCGAAUGAGAGACUCCCGUGCUGUGUGGACCUGCAGGGCUUCCUUACCUGAUGCAGGCGUUGGGUGAGGGCCUGGACCCGACCUGCCCGCUGGUGCUGUGUGCGCCUGCAGCGGAUUGGCUCCCUGGUCUCAGAGCAGGGUGGGGUUUCUGAGCCUCGGGGUCUCGGGGUUUUGGGAUUUUUAGGGUCUCGGGAUUUCGCGGUCGCGGGCUUGCUGACUGCAUGGCUGCAGAGUGGUGUGUCCUGCUGAGGACUCGGCCGUUCCCAUCACACACAGAUCAGCCCCUGUCCACGCCCCUGCAGACACUCACAGCGACAGGAAGGGUGCAGCGUGGGAACCAAAAAAGGACAUGCGCCAGGGUAUGCGCCGGACACCCCCGCGGGAGGGGGACGAAUCGCCCCGGCAACGCCUGGAUGCCUCCUGUCAUGAAGAGUGAUUGAUGUAAUUAU